ACCGUUUGAAUUUCAUCAGUGAUUAAAUAAAUAUUUAUUUUUAUGUUACAAGUGCACUCUUAUCUACAUCAAGUACAAAAUAUUGAAAGCAAUCUCCUUUUUAUUUUGAACGGAUAUGGUGCCUACUUCUUCUCAAAAUAUGGCAAAUUAUUUAGAUUAUUCAGGUUGAGAAGUCACUGGAGAUCAGGAAAUUGAGUUUCCUAUGUUAAUUUUUAAAAGUGACGCUUGAGUAGAUUUUUUGUCAUUUUCUAAUGUGAAUAAUCUUUUAAUACAUUUACAGAGUAAAUUGGAAGAUGUGUUAAAGAAGCAGGUGUAUUAACUCAUUCGAAAUGUUUCAUUUUCAAUUCGAUAUGAUAUGAAUGCUGAUCUUUGCAAACAAGUUGUCCACGAUACGCUUAUUGUAAUGUGUUUAGUACAGUAAAAUCAUACCAUUACGAUACGCUGAUCACAAAAUUAAACCAGCUCUCGAGAAAUUGGUAGUUUGCUACCAUGAAAUAAGACUCGAUUAAAAAUCAAUUAAGUACGGGCAAUUAUUUUUCCCAACAUAACCUGUUUGAUAAAGUAUUCAACCAAAUCUGUUCAUUAAUUUCACUCACGAGUAUAGAUGAUGCCAGAGUUGAUAGAUAAUAACAGAUCAUGGCUAUCAGGCUAAAUGGACAGUAGUUGAAUUAAACAUUAAAUAACAAUGAAGUGCAAGUGGAAAGUGAAAGUACCGUAGUGACAAUGCCCAGUAGUUCGUGAACCGCGAGAUCCUUGUAAGAAGUGUUCAGUUAAAUAUUUGAGUGAGAGUAAAAGUUGCUGAAAAUGAGCAGCAAAAGCAUGACAAGUAGCGGCGCCAAUGUGUUGAUGUGCCGUCAAUGGUGGAAAGUGUGCUGGAUUUAUGGUGAUCAGGAGAAGUACUACAGGCAGUUGUAUGGUAGGAAAAGCAACCCUAACUCGGCGAGUGGCAUCCAUGGAUUGGGCCUCGGACAGGGCAUGUUGCACGAGGGAGUUGAGGACCAGGAAAGCAGUGCAGCUGCAGCCGCUGCGGCUACCAUUCUCACCGUGACACGGGAGCAGUUCACCAUACAGCAACAAAAAGUGUGCCGGAACUGCAAGUGUCCGCGAGAGGAGCACUGCAGCGGUGGCAGCAGCAAGAUGUCGACGCCCUCACCGGCCUCAGCGGCGGCCACCCUCGGCCUGCCCGGACUCCCGGACUCACUCUCCGACAAGCUGCUUGGCAAGAGCCUCGCCGACCCUCAGCGACACUCGCAAUCUGACGACGACUCGGGAUGCGCUCUCGAGGAGUACACCUGGGUGCCGCCCGGUCUCAGGCCUGAUCAGGUGCACCUGUACUUCUCGGCGCUGGGUGAGGACAAAGUGCCGUACGUGAACUCGGCGGGCGAGCGACAUCGCGUGCGUCAGCUGCUGCAUCAGUUGCCGCCGCACGACAAUGAGGUGCGCUACUGCCACAGCCUCAGCGACGAGGAACGCAAGGAGCUGCGACUCUUCUCCGCGCAGCGCAAGCGGGACGCGCUCGGUCGCGGAUCCGUGCGACAGCUUGCUGCGCCCAUGCCCUGUCAAGGGUGUGACGACAUGCUGUCGACAGGCGACAUGUCGGUGUUUGCGGCGCGUGCAGGCCCAAACGCGUGCUGGCACCCUGCCUGCUUUGUGUGUGCCGUCUGUAACGAGCUACUCGUCGACCUCAUCUACUUCUUCCGCGAGGGCAAGCUCUACUGCGGACGCCAUCAUGCUGAAAUACUCAAGCCUAGGUGCUCGGCUUGUGAUGAGAUAAUUUUGGCGGACGAGUGCACAGAGGCGGAGGGUCGCGCGUGGCACAUGAAGCACUUUGCGUGUUUGGAGUGCGACAAGCAGCUGGGCGGUCAGAGGUACAUCAUGCGCGAUGGUCGGCCCUACUGUCUGCACUGCUUCGACGCCAUGUUCGCCGAAUACUGUGACUCGUGCGGCGAACCCAUUGGCGUUGACCAAGGACAAAUGAGCCACGAAGGCCAGCACUGGCACGCGACAGAGCAGUGUUUCUGUUGUCAAACGUGCAAGGUGUCUCUGCUGGGGCGACCGUUCCUACCGCGCCGCGGCUCCAUCUACUGUUCGAUAGCUUGCAGCAAGGGCGAGCCGCCAACACCGUCCGACAGUUCCGGUCCGGCACCACCUCGACUGUCCGACCGGACAGCCGGACAGGCCCGCACAUCCUCCCACCAUCGUCCUCCCUCCGAGGCCGGCUCCAGCACUCCCCCCACCUCACCCUCGAGGUCGAGGCGACUCCUCAACAGCACUCCUCCUCAGCAGCCUUCUCUCCCUCCUCCUCCGCACUCUCCUCCACCCGUCUCACCAACACCUCUCAAGCCGCUAGCUUCGUCGGCAUCAUCUUCGACCCCUUCCUCGCCUCCCAAUGUUCACAGCAUCAAGUAUUCCAACGCAAACCAAAGCCUAGCAGAUACAAGCCAGAAUUCUCUGCGAAGUCCACCAACGUCGAGGUCACCGAAGAUGGGCCGACGAGCGUUGCGGUCAUCGGGCAAAUCGUCGCCAAGUCCUCCCCCUAAUCCGGACUACUGUUCCGGACUACAACGAGGCUUACCCCCGCUGCCACCGCCUGCUAGUCCGCCACAACUCGGUGCAGCGUCGGGAUCCAAAGGUCUUGACAGGGUUCUGCUCGAAAGGAAUCUCGAGAAACUUUUACUGGAGCGAGGGAAUUCGAACCAAUCGACUAAUUCGGACAGUUCGUUGCCUGACAUUCAGCGACUAAACAUCGCACCGGACAGUGUCGGCAGGUUGUUGAAUGAAUGUGAACGUAACAGUAUUUUAAAAGCGCAGGUUGAACAGUUGUUGUUGAAUGGUGUGGGCAAUGUGAUGAAGGACUCGAACAUUAAUAUCGAUAGGCUAGUGUUCGAGAGUGGCAGCAUGAUAGUGACGGACCAUGACGUGAAGGUGGGGAACGUGGAAGGUGUAGAGGUGGAGAGGAUGUUGGCCGACAGGGGGGGUAGGGGAAGGGAGCCUCUGCCGCUGCGGCUGACUCACAUUGAUGGGGAUGUCGGUGACGGGGCGCAUGCCUCCUCCAUGCCUGAGUUGGCCCUCCAACCUCCGACUCCCACCUCGCCUCAUCGCAAGAAUCGCAGUGUUAGAUUCGUUGGUUCACACGACGAGGACGAACAGCGAUUUCCGCGCAGCCGAAGCUACUCGGGCCGAUCGGCGAUGCAGGAGCGUGGAGCCGGGACGUCGACGGCACCCGACUCUCACCACAUGGAUGACGACGACGCAGCCAGCUACUGCUCCACAUGCUCGUCGAGCUCGUCCAGCGACGACAUGACCGCCUACCAGUUGCCGCCGCGACGAGCAUACGGCGGCGUGCGCAUCUCAUAUGUGCCGAACGACACGCUGGCAGUCGCGCGACAGAGGCAGCAGCAGCAGCAGACGACGUCGCCCAACAAGCGAGCGCCCGAUGACAAGAACUGCAUCAUUUCCUGAUCCUAUGCUGUUAUCUUGAAGAAGGUGCUCAACUGAAAUGUGUCGAAACAAAAUUGGUUGGCAUCGGAGAGACUUUGGCUUUGAUAUAAUGCGUAGGUCUAUUCGAUUCGAACUCACAAAUUAAUCCGCAUCCACACUAUCGUCCAAAUGACGACGAGCGCCAGAGUGUGGAUGGGUGGUUUGCCAGCGCUCGCCUUCAUUGGUCUUCGCUUGCCUUCGCGCGACGUUCAGGUUGUUUACAUACAGCGAGCAACUGGGUGAUAGAAACGCCACAGAAACUAGAGUUUCUCUCCACACAUAGGCUACCUAAGUUGAAUGGUGUUGUUCAAGUUGAUUGACAAGCCAAGAGAUCGUUGAAAAGUCAGUGGAAAUGAUAGGGUAAAAUGAUUCCCAAUUUUAUUUUUCCACCACCUUCUAUAGUAAAUAGAUAUGAAUCAAGUUACCGAACCGUAUAUUAUAAUAUCAGGACCUAUAUACUACCUACUACAGGAAGUCCUGAUACUAUUAUAAUUUUUGUUUACAUAGCGUAGGCCUACCUUGUGAUUGUUAUUCAAGGUAUAAUUGCUUAUUCAUGUAAAUAAUGAUAAAUCAUGUUUCUAAUCUAUUAUAUUUAUCAAGAAAAUAUAUAUUUUCAUGUUUUAAUAAUAAGUUAACAUACGAUAAUUGAGAUUUAAUAUUUUUGUAGCUCGUAUUUCUACAUAACCUUGGCAACAUUUCGGAGUUGUAAGAGUAUAGGGAGCUAACUGCUUUGUCUAAUGACAGACAAGAAUAGCAAAUCAAUGUUAAUCAGGUGCUGGAUUUAUUGUGAAUCUCACUACAAUAAAAGAAGUAGAAGCUAUGGAGCUUCUUCAGUGUCCGCCGCGAAGCUAUCACUCGGUUGCUCUCUGUAAUCUGUAAGCAGCAUCACAUAAUAUGCCUAGUGGAAAAUAUUCACUCGUUCAAUUCAGAUAGUUUCGCCUUCGUGAGCUGACAACUUCGGAUUGACUCAAUAUCAGUCAGUGAGUCAGUCUAAAGAUUGCAACGCACGAUGUCGAAACGAUCGUCAUUUACAGUAGGCCUACCACUAAGUAAAUAUUUUCUUCUUUCAAGUCAUUCAAGUGUCAAAAAUCUAUCUUAUUCAAUAGUAGGAAACCUACUAUAAUUCAUCACAAGAAUAGGUACCAAAUAAAUUUCUGAUUUGAUCCGAUUACUCUGUACGCCUACCACCAUUCACACAUUAUGUUAUUUUUCAGUUGGUGCUCAACAUCAAUUAAAUGCAUGACCAUUUCAAGAGUAGUUGACGGGUACUUCAACAAGGAAAUUCUUCUUCAAAUGAAAAUACAUAUUGUGAAAAUAAAUGUUGUCAAGUACAUCAGUGAGAAUAAAAAUAUUGGUUUUGUAUAGUUCAUUGGAUAUAAACCGAUGAAGAAACUGCACUAGCUGUAUACAAAACUACCGUACCCGUAUCAAGAGAUUGUUAAGCUCGAGAACCAGUUGAGAAUAAUAGAUCCUAUUGAUUACCUUCAAAUCCGUUUGAUCGCAUUUCCAUUUAUUCAGGAUUAGUUUUAAUAGUUAUGUUUCCACAAAUAAUGUUGAAUUUUAUUCUAUACCGAAUUUGAGAUGAUUGAUUGGAUAAGCAGAUUUCAAGCCAAUAUUCCUACAUCACACGGUAGAAGGCUACUGUACAAGGAUUAUUCUUUCUUUGAAGUUUCGACGUACUCGUAAUAUUCCAUUUUAUUGAAUGGAAUUAAUAAUUUUGUUUAAUCCCAUACAAAAUAACUUACUAUUUAAGGUGCAUAAAUGAUUCAUUACGACAAUCUAUCCAGAAAGUUCCUUGUAGCAAUAGUAUCUGUGUUUCUGUUUGCUUUAAACUAGUAAAAAUAUCAUCAGUUUAUUCUGACGUUUGUUAUGAAAUUAAAAUCAUCUAAAUUAACUUUGAAGAAAGUUAAUGGAAGUUGAGAGGAGAAAUUAACACAUGCAACUGUAAGUUUACUUGUCGGAAAAGUCCUCAAUAAUUACGAUCAAUUGUGAUUCAUAUUACACUACAUCUAUCUCAAUCUACUGUAUUAGGUGCCAUUUGACUAAGCAACCUCGAUAAUUAAUUUAUCAGUGUUUUGAUAAAUGCAAAUAUUUCAUCCAUGUUAUUACACAUGUUAUAUACAGUGCUACUGUAUUUUCCGUGAAGUAGCAUCGGUAACUAAGUCAAGUUAUCAAGAAAACAUCAUUAAUUGGCAUUGAUCAUGAAUUUGUCAAAAAGUUCAAGAUUCAAUUUGUGACUAAAUUAGACUGUUAAAUAGAAUAGACAAGUUGUUAUUAAUAUAAUUAGUUGAAUAGAUCAAGGUAGUGUAAAUAUUGGCCAUAAUAAGCUAGCCAAAGAUGUUUGAUUCUUGCCAAGAUCAAGGUCCUAUUUGAAAAUAAGAUGUAAUAUUUUUGUAGAGAUUAACUUAUGGGAAGAUCUUUUUAUGUUCUGAUUCCAAUUUUGCGGAAAGGUAUAAACCUGUGAAACGUAAUCUGUAUAAUAUAUAAGGUUUUUGAAUGGAAAUUUGUUACUGUAACAAUUAAUACCAAUCUGAAAAUGGCGAAUAAAAAUUAGUGAUACUGAUUGCAAGAAUUUAUUUUUGAAACAAAAGAUAGAAAGUUUGAAUUUUGUACUCUAGUAUUUUGUACAGUAAGUUGGUGUUCAAUAAAAUAUUUUUCAUGAAAAU